GCCUUACCCGCUAUCCCCCCCUGGUCUGGAGGUCAGGCAGUGGGGAGGCACCUUACGCGGCCGGCCGCAGACAGAGCGAGGCGCGUGCACAGCCCCGGACUGGAUCCUGCGCGUGGCCGGGGAGACGAGGGCGGACGCUCCGCUGUUUUGGGGUCCUCAGAGCGCGGCGCAGGAAUCACUUCAUUAUGAGAAAUCUAAAGCUACUUCAGACCCUGGAGUUUAGGGAUAUUCAUGCUGGGAAACCUCAGUGCUUCUGUCUCAGAACUGAACAGGGGACAGUGGUCAUUGGCUCAGAACAUGGUCUGGUAGAAGUAGAUCCUGUCACAAGAGAAGUGAAAAAUGAGAUUCCUUUAGCAGCAGAAGGCUUUCUCCCAGAGGAUGGAAGUGGCUGUAUUGUUGGUAUUCAGGAUUUGCUGGAUCAGGAGUCUGUGUGUGUGGCCACCGCCUCCGGAGAUGUCAUACUCUGCAAUCUCAGCACACACCAGCUGGAAUGUGUUGGGAGCGUUGCUAGCGGUAUCUCUGUCAUGAGUUGGAGUCCUGACCAGGAGCUAGUGCUGCUUGCUACAGGUCAACAGUCCCUAAUUAUGAUGACAAAAGACUUUGAACCAAUCAUGGAACAGCAAAUUCACCAGGAUGAUUUUGGUGAAAGUAAGUUUAUCACUGUUGGAUGGGGCCGGAAGGAGACACAGUUCCAUGGAUCAGAGGGCAGGCAAGCGGCCUUUCAAGUGCAAAUGCUCGAGUCUGCUUUGCCCUGGGAUGACCACAAAGCACAAGUUACCUGGCGUGGUGAUGGACAGUUUUUUGCUGUGAGUGUUGUUUGCCCAGAGACAGGGGCCCGGAAGGUCAGAGUUUGGAAUCGAGAGUUUGCUCUACAGUCAACCAGUGAGCCUGUGGCAGGACUGGGCCCGGCUCUGGCUUGGAAGCCCUCAGGUAGUUUGAUUGCAUCUACUCAAGAUAAACCCAACCAGCAGGAUGUUGUUUUUUUUGAGAAAAAUGGACUUCUCCAUGGACAAUUUACACUUCCUUUCCUCAAAGAUGAAGUUAAG